GCGGCGCGACGCGGCCGGUUCGAAUGCGCGGCGCCCGCCCCCGCGCCCGGCCGAGGACUUCCCUGCGAGCGCGGAGCUGGGUGGCGGCGCCGGCGUCUCGGGUUCGCCGCGGUACCCGCCGCGUGAAGGAACGCUCGCAGCUAUGGAGGAUUACACAAAGAUAGAGAAGAUUGGGGAAGGUACCUAUGGUGUUGUGUAUAAAGGGCGCCACAAAACCACAGGCCAAGUGGUUGCAAUGAAGAAAAUACGUCUAGAAAGUGAGGAGGAAGGUGUUCCAAGUACUGCUAUCCGAGAAAUUUCUUUAUUAAAAGAGCUGCAUCAUCCCAAUAUAGUCUGUCUUCAGGAUGUUCUUAUGCAGGACGCACGGCUAUACCUCAUUUUUGAAUUCCUUUCCAUGGAUCUCAAGAAAUACUUGGAUACUAUUCCAUCUGGCCAAUAUUUGGAUCGUUCACGUGUUAAGAGUUACCUGUAUCAGAUCCUGCAAGGUAUCGUCUUCUGCCAUUCAAGACGAGUUCUGCACAGAGACCUAAAACCUCAGAAUCUUCUAAUAGAUGACAAAGGGGUGAUUAAACUGGCAGAUUUUGGACUGGCUCGAGCCUUUGGAAUUCCAGUGCGGGUAUACACUCAUGAAGUAGUGACACUGUGGUACAGGUCUCCAGAGGUUCUGCUAGGAUCUGCUCGUUAUUCCACUCCUGUAGAUAUAUGGAGCAUAGGUACCAUAUUUGCAGAGUUAGCAACUAAAAAGCCACUUUUCCAUGGGGACUCAGAGAUUGAUCAGCUCUUCAGAAUCUUCAGAGCUUUAGGGACACCCAACAAUGAUGUGUGGCCUGACGUGGAAUCCUUGCAAGACUAUAAAAACACUUUCCCAAAAUGGAAACCUGGCAGCCUGGGAACACAUGUCCAAAACUUAGAUGAGGAUGGACUCGAUCUGUUGUCUAAAAUGUUAAUUUAUGAUCCUGCAAAAAGGAUUUCUGGCAAAAUGGCCUUGAACCACCCGUACUUCGAUGAUUUGGACAAAUCUAUUCUUCCUGCUAAUCUGAUUAAGAAAUUCUAAAACUUUGGACUAAAUCAGAGUGAAAUAAUCACUAUUACUUUUACUAUUGUCUGUCUGUAACUUUGUAUGCCUACUUUAAAAUUGUGGCUUUUUAGUUUGUUUUGGUUUAUGUUACUUAAAUGUAAAUAUUAAUCGACUAAUGUGGUGAACUUCCUAUAAAUAAAACUUUAAAUCUA